CAGCACGGAAAUGGACACACUUUAUACAUUGCAAACCUCCCAAACAAUGUCAUAAUUUGGACCUGAACGAAAGCAGUUGCUGCUUGUUUCUAUAACAGAGGAAAAAAAUGUCUGCUAGCAGAACAGCUUCCUCUCACACUAGAGAGAUAGCACGGAGUAGAUCUGAAGGAACUGUGAUUGACUUGGACGAGAGAAAACCUUCAACAAGCUAUGCUGAAGAGAAUAAAUUGGAUUCAAUCAUUGACUGGCCUGAGGUGUUCAAACAACAUGCUCAGACUGUUUCCAAGACUAAUCCUUUCUGGAAUGAACUGUCAGCAUCCAACCCGUUUGUAUAUGAUGUAGCUCAGUUAAGUAACAGUGACAAGAACAAUAAACACAUUUCUAUCUUAAAAGAAGACCCCUAUCUGUUCUCCAGAGAUUCAAGCAUCAGGGAUUCUUUUGCUUCAUCAGGUGAUGAGCUAGAUAUUGAUCAUCUUCUAAGAAAGGCUUCAGCAGGGAAAUCUGGGAGAUCUAAGAGUGCCUCUGAGCUUUUGGACAUUGUAGAUGCCAAAAGAUUUGAUCCUGACAACACAGCACCCUCUGACCGGAUUUUAGCUGCAGACAUGGAAUGGCUUCAAAAUGAGCGUGAAGCCUACAAGAUGGCUUGGUUGAGUCAUCGACAGCUGGCCCGAUCUUGUCUAGAUUUGGAUGUGAUGAGUCAUAGUCCAGGAUGGGCUCAAACACAACCUACAGACACUCAUAUAGUUUGUAAACUGAAUCAUGAAGGGGGUUCAGUGCAGCUACCUGACUCGGAUAUCACUGUUCACAUCCCUGAGGGUCAUGUAUCACCUGGAGAAUUCCAAGAGGUUGGUUUAAGGGCUAUUUUGAACCCUCCCCCAUCACUUAAUCAUGAUCUUUCAAGCACUGUGAGUCCAUUGCUAGAACUUACUUUAAGUAACCUCAACACAAUGGAAGCCAUUUUACUAGAAAUGAAAAUUGCAGCUGAAGUGAAGAAGGAUCCUUUCAGUCAAGUUAUGACUGAAAUUAUGGGUUUUUAUAGUCUCAACAAAGAAGGUCCUUUUGAAAAGCUACACAACUGCUACAUUUACAAAGAUACCAUACAGGUGAAGUUGACAGACCUAAGUCAUGUGAUGUACAUAGUGGUUGCAGUACAAGCGAACCCAAUUCAGUCUCUGGCUACAUCUGUUUGGGAAUACAUCCACAGAAACCUCGCCAUUGGAAUUUAUGGGCCCAAACAUAUCCAUCCUUCUUUCACUGCUGUUUUUACAGUCUUUGGUCAUAACUACAUUCCAGAAAAACUCACAGUUUGUGACAUUAAAAAAGGUGGAAAGAGCAUGCCACCAGUGGUGUUUAAUCUGUGGGGAAAGCAUACAUUUUUACUUGAUAAGCCACAAGAUCUAAGUGUUUCUUUGAUAUCCUGUGAUCCUGAUUUUGAAGUGAAGGUGGAAGAUCAAAGCAAAGAAAUUAAAGAAGGGCAGUUGAAAGCAGGUGAAGUUGUCCACCAGCAGUUUCCAUUUUCUGUACUGGGAACUGGGGAAAUGCAUUUGUUCACGUUCCUAGUUCAGAUUAAAGUCCCAAACAAUAAUCUAGUGACCCAGUUCCCUAUUACAACUCCUGAUCCAGCUCCAAAAUUAACUGGGAUGACUAGUAAGCCAAACCGUUUACAGAAACGCAAAGAGAUCAAAUCUGCUCCUUUUUUAUUGACACCAACAGUUAAAUACCCCAAAUUUCAAGAUAAGACUUUAAAUAUUACCAGCUACGGAGUGGCCUUGAAAACUGUGUUUCGUCAAAAUAAGAUUGACUAUUUACUAGAAUAUUUUAAAGGGGACACAAUAGCAUUUCUUGGUGAAGAUAAAGUGAAAGCCAUUGGACAAACUAAAGUUAAAGAAUGGUAUGUGGGAGUUCUUCGAAGAAAGAUUGGUCUAGUGCACUGUAAAAACGUAAAAGUGAUUUUAAAAGAACAAGCUAUAGAUAUCACUGAUAGCGUGCUGCCAACCAGGAAUCUUCUGGAACAAAUUGCACUGCCUUUUAAGAAAUUGACAUAUAUCUAUUCCUUAGUCCUAUCCACAGUAUCUGAGAGAGUUUACAACUGGAAAGCUUUGGCUGAUGUUCUAGGAUAUUCACAUAUGUCAUUGGAUGAUUUCAGUGAGGUACCAGCAGAUAAAGAAUCAGAAAGAGUCGCGUAUGUGGUGAAGAAACUGAAGGAAGAUUGCCAUGCUAACAGACCCAGAAGGCAGUUUCUUUAUGAGCUCAUUGUUGCACUUCUGAAGUUAGAUUGCCAAGGAUUAGUAGCACGUCUUACCCAGGACACUGUCCUUUUGACUUCGGCUGUCAAGCUUGGCAGAUGCUGGAGAGAGCUGGCAGAAAGAUUAGCUCGACUCACAAAACAACAAAUUGAGGCUUAUGAAGUACCUCACCGAGACAGAAGUGGAGAAGUUGCCCUGGAGAUGAUGUGGAAACCUGCAUACGAUUUUCUGUACACAUGGGGCGCUCACUAUGGAGACAGCUAUAGAGACGUGUUACAAGACUUGCAGUUGGCUUUGGACAAAAUGAAAAACCCUUUGACCAAACAGUGGCGAGAGUUAACUGGAGCUUUGAUUCUAGUGAACUGCAUGGAGAUCUUAAGGGCAAAUGCUUUCACCAAGAAGGAGGAAGACUAGAAUCCCAAAUUCUUUUAUGGACUAUCUAUUGGAAAACUAUGGUGUUGAUUUUUAUACUCGUCAAUUAUUUUUAUGACCCUGAUUUUCCGAAAGAGAACAGAUCCUUUCAUUUUAGCUUAUUAUUUUUUCUGCACUUAUAUGUGUUACAUACAGCACAGACCAUGUGGAACACAAUUUAACUGAAGGACCCUCAGGGCCUGCAGAAUAAUAUUUUGAGGACCAUGCUGGGGUGAAAUUGGAGUUGGAAGGUGAAUUAGGUCCUUGAAAAGAUUUUAAUUCCAUGGACCAAUUCCGAAAUGAAAAAUUCACAAGACUACAACUAUAGCUUAUAAUAAAGCCAACUUUUUAUUCUGAUGUCUAUUAAGCCCCACAUGUUCUGGGCUGCUCUGAUAGUAUUCACUCAGUGUGCCCAAAAUUUUCAAAAGUGACAAUUUGGGCUCCAAUCCUGCAAAUUACAACACAAGGAUCAGCCGCUGAGCCCAUGUGGAAGACAUAUUGGAGUCAAUGAGGUUCCAAGCAAGCACAGAGGAUGUUGUGAAGGCCAAACUUACAACAGGGUUCAAAAUGGAAUUAGAUAAAUUCAUGGAGGACAGGUCCAUCAAUGGCUAUUAGCCAGGAUGGGCAGGGAUGGUGUCCCUAGCCUCUGUUUGACAGAAGCUGGGAAUGGGAGUCAGGGGAUGGAUCACUUGGUGAUUACCUGUUCUGUUCAUUCCCUCUGGGGCACCUAGCAUUGGCCACUGUCAGAAGAGAUGAUACUGGGCUAGCUGGACCUUUGGUCUGUGCCAGUAUGGCCAUUCUUAUGUUACAUUUACACUGGUGUGCCUUUUCAUAAUCAGUUGCAGUAUUGGGGGCCUCACUGCAAGUUCCUUGGGUUUUGGGUGUCCAGAAAAAGACACCUUUACUCUGAUUUUCAGGUGUGGUGAGCUCUUGUAACUCCAAUGGAAGUCAAUGGCAGUAAAGCUGGCUGGGAAACCAAAUAUCAGUUCCAUGAAUUUUUUUCUUUUUGGAUUUUUUUCACCCCAAAUCAGGAUGCCUGGAUUCCAUCAGGAGUUUCUUGAAAUUGAACCUUUUCCACAAAACACUGCAAUUUUUAUGAAUAGACAAAUUCUGCCAAAAAUAUUUUUUCUAACCAACUCUAAACAGGAGCUCAGUACUUCUGUAAAGGCCAUAGGUGUCUUAAAUUGGGCAUUCAGAGAGAGGGGCACCUAAAUUAGUGGCCACAGCUGGAAAUAGCUCACUAAUUUUUCUAUCACCAAGUCUGUAUACAUGAUGCACAGUGGAAUUUUACUAAUCUUUCUUUUACAUGCUCCCCAAAAGGAGUGGAAUCGGAUAAAAAAGACUGAUCCAUACCAAGCAGUUAUCAGAAUGGUGGCCACGUCAUAUGAUCCUGUACAUAAGCCACUGCCUCUUAUAUAGCUAUUUUGAAUGGAAAAGUGGGGGUUGGUGGGUAGAGACAGAAUGUAUAUGCCAUUAUUGUGCAUAAUUCUCAUCUGUGCCAUUCCUGAGGGAAAAUGGGAGAGAGGGGCAACUAGUAUUUUGUCAAGAAAGGUAUGUGCUGGUCCUAUUGUUAACAAAAAGGGUUUAAAUUAGGUUCAUUUAUGAUUUAUUUAUGCAGCAAUUCAUACUUGCCUGAUUUCCACUGAUUACAUGCUCUGAAAUAAUCCGGAAUAGAUACUCUCAAAUGAAGUCUUACCAUUGGCCAGAACCAAGCUGCAGUAAACGUGGCACCGCCUUAUGGAUAACACUGAGUUGUGGAACAACCCCAGUCCAACCAAAUAAUUCCCGGUAAAUGGAUGGCAUUUAAAACAAACAAGAAAACACACUUUUGUUAGCUAGAAGGUAGUGGUAAAAAUGGAAGCAACCUGCAAAUAACUCAAAGAGCAGCUCUGGUGAAGGAGCACCCAAAGGCUCAUUUGGAUAAACUGGCAAACUCACUACUGGCAAACUCACUGUUUGCCGGCAGUGGUCUGGUUGAAAAGUAAGCCUGAGAGCUGGCAGUUGGAGAGACAAAGCCAAGUUCUACUCUGAGAGCUGUGCAUGAACAUCUCAGGGCACAGCUGGUUCUUUAAUUGCUUCAUUUGAGAUAACGUCCUUUCAGGAGGAGGAAGCACAUGAUGAAUCUAGAACAAAAUAGCACAUUUACAUUUUUUCUCCCUAGGCCUUUCUUUAACAAGUUCCAUUGCACAGCCUCUAGGUGUGAAGAGCUUUGGAUGGGAGGAUAGGGCACAAGCCCAGAAGACCUUUGCUAAAUAUUGAAGGCCUGAUUCCCUUACUUACACGCAUUUUACACUCAUGUAAUGCAGUUGGCUUCAGCAGAGUUACUCCUGCUUUGCACUAGGGUGAGCAAAGAUUUGGGUCCACUGAGUAUUAAUGCAAAAAGCAUCUUCUGUGGUGAUCAAGGGAAUGAAAAUAGAAUUUGAAUACAUGGACUACGUAGUGUAGCCUUCUAUGUCCCUGAGAGGUGUUUACACCCACACUGUGCUGGCGCUGUGCAGUUGCACAAGGAAUUGGGGAUAGAAGGUACCACAGAGCUUCCCCAUUGCCUUGCACAUCUAUGGAGGGGCCAGCUAUUGUUCCCUGUUAGUACCACAGGUGGCAAUGAACCCCUUAAGCAGAGGGGAGGAAGGGACAGGGCCAUGGCGGGAGGGAUAGCUCAGUGGGUUGGGCAUUGGCCUGCUAAACCCAGGGUUCUGAGUUCAAUUCUUGAGGGGGUCACUUAGGGAUCUGGGGCAAAAUCAGUACUUAGUCCUGCUAGUGAAGGCAGGGGGCUGGACUUGAUGACCUUUCAAGGUCCCUUCCAGCUCCAUGAGAUAGAUAUGUAUGGCCCAUGUCCUCUUGCACUGCUGAGGUGUGUGAAAAUGCACACAGUACCUUCUUAAAGAGUAAUAGAGGGGCUGCUACACUGUGGACUUCUGGGAAGGAUUCUGGUUACAUCUCCCAGAAUGCCUCUGGGGGUUCCUACUUCAGCAUGGCUUGCCUGUACUGCCAAUCCUGCUACAGGGCAGAUUUCAUUAUGGUGCAGUGGUUGACUGAGUCAUGCUCAAUGUCUUUGCUACUGACUGGGGUGAAUAAGUACUUCGCUACUACUUACACUCCCUAAAAGCAGACUGACUUGACUCAACUACACCAUUCCUUGAACUUCACAGUGCCUUCUUACACCUAGAGAUGAAUAUGCCACCUGGCCAUAACCCCUUCUUUGAUGUCAAACUCUGUUCAACUUCUCUGCUAUUCCCCUGGCAGCAAACACCACGUAAGUCCUCUUACAUUUACUUCUGCUGCACUGCACAUAUCUCCAAUUUCAAUGCCAUUUUUUUGCAUUUCUUCUUAUCACUAAUGCCAAUGCUAUUGCUUUUUCCUCAGCAAUAAUAAUAAUGAAAAAGGAAAACGUAAGUGUUGCUUCCCAGCUAGAAGAGAUAAAAAUGCAGCCAGGAGCCACCAGUUACCAAAUGGGCACUUCAGGGUUCCAACUUCUUGGUUCUGUCAAAUUUAAAGGACCAACCCUGAAAAGAGGCAUGCUGGGAAAAAAGAUACUGUGAUAGGGCAACCCUACACUACAGAGAAAUCACAGUGAUCAGGAAAUCACUAAGGAGCAUGGCUUGUUUUGAUGUUAUUUCUACUAUUGCUAUACCAUCUCCUCUGAUUUUAGCCCUGCACCAGCAAUGAAGUGUGACACUCUCAAACUCGAGUUGAAUUUGGCCCAAAUUAUUUAGCAAAAUAUUGACUUAUUGAGUAAGUCAGCUCCUCAGUUUGUGAUAUUAUGUUAUUGGUCCUGGAAGUUUGUUUAUAUUCUGUCCAAUUAGGUUGUGCUCUGGGGCCUGCAGCUGUGGUCUUUAUUUGCUAAUUCCACUUUCAUUUUUGCUUUGUACUUCUCCUCAUAUGAAUGAAAUGUGCACUUGUGCAAUACUUCUGUUUACUUUAGCAGCCUACGCUGAAUAUAAAAUAAUAUGUAAUAAACUCCACAUUUUAUUGCUCAAAUAUUUUAAACCACAAAAUGCUAGUUCUAGGUUACUGCUGAGAGUGGAAACAGCUGCUUUCAGCAGCAGCAUGCAGUUAGGAGCACAUAGCUUUGGUCUUGAUUUCUCUUGAAGGGAGUGGAGGGGAGAGGAGAGGAGAAGUGCUUUCCCAUGAGCCAGCACACAUACCUUCUUAGGUCUCUGUGGGGAGGGAUGAAAACAACAACCUCUCCCUGCUCCUGGGCGAGGAGAAGAAAUCCCCUCCCUAGUUACCAUCCUUCAAAGACCCCAUUUCCCCAUUUUUUUGUUGUCAUUACUGUCUUUGAGGGAUGGGAAGUCUGGAGAUGUUAGCCAACUCCUUUCAGCUCUAUAGUCUUUGGUGGAAAAGAAGCUUUAACCUAGCCUCCCUCAUCACUGUGCAAAAGAAUUCAAUAUUCCACACCCUUUUUCAAGGAGAGGGUCUUAUUGAGAUGGGGGCCUGCCCCUGCCCUAUCUGGUGGUGAGAAUGGGGAUCAGUCCUACUGAAGUGAGCCUUCAUAGGGCAGACAUGUCCCACAAUGCAAUGAACAAAGGGAGACUCUUCCCAGAUGACUCACACAGGAGCAGGUUUCCUCCUGAACCUGGGAGUCAAUUCCCUAAGUCCAGUGCUGAGGUAUUUCUGCCCCACAGUAUUUAACAGGCCUAUGCAGCAGGACAGGAAGAAGUGUUUCACAAUCCAACAGCUACAAGGUAAGGGGUCAGAAGACAAGUUAUUCACCCUCAGAAGGUGUUCUCCUUGAGUUGGGUGGGGAGUGGGGAGGCCUCCUUGAUGAUUUCUCUGAAAGCAGAAGAUUAGGGAGGAGAAAUCAGAUUGCCCCCUGAAGAGAACAUAAGUGAUGGGACUAGGCCACAAACCAUCCACAGAAGACAUCACAGAUAAUAGAAUAGUAGCAAGGUGUGUGAUGGGGGUGGGUAUUAAGGGCCCAGCCAUCUUCAUCCCUUCUCUCUGGGGACAAGAGAAAAGUACAGGGACCUCCACCCUCCUUUCUGAUGAGGACAGGCAAGUGAGUGGGAUUUGGCAUGAGUGUUUUUUCCAGAAGGAUUGGGUUUCACAUAAUGCAAAUUCCUGUUGUAAAACCUAAACAGUUUGAAUAGUAAAGCCGGAGGAUUAUAGAAAUUCAAACUCCACAAGCUUCUCUCCACCCAGAUAAGGUUUACUUGAUUAUUACAUAUUUCUGAGCUUCCUCUUAGUAAGUUGUCAGGUCAGCUGAGAUCUUCCAUACUAUAAACAUUUAAUUGUUUAGAGUCAUAGUGUAAAUAUUCUAUUCUAAACUGAAUCCCACUGAGCCCAGUUCUCUGCUGCCUUGCACCUUGUGUCAUCGUUGACAUUUAUGCUAAAUGACAAUAAAACACUACAGUAAAAUGUUACAUCCACUUGGCUCCAGUAUAAAUUUCAGCACAAGGGGCAAGUGAAUUGAGAAUCAGGCCCCUAGAAUUUAAAAAAUAGAACAUGUGCGAGGGAGACAAGGUGGGUGAGUAAAUAUAAUUUAUUGGACUAGCUUCCAUUGGUGAAAGAGACAAGCUUUUGAGCUUACAUAGAGCUCUUCUUCCGAUCCGGGAAAUGUACCUCGCCCACAUUUUUCCUCUAAUGUCAUGGGACCAACACAGCUACAACAACACUGCGAACAACAUGUACCAGAUGCACAUUCUGAGCCUGUUUUCCUCCUUCCACACUAGUUUAACUCCCAUUAACUUCAACGCAGCUACUCAUGAUUUUCACUAGUGUGAGGGGAGAAUCAAGCUAUCUGAGUCUUUGAAGAAGUUUCACAAUAAUUUUAGAGCCGUAAAGCCAGUGCUAAUCAGAUGUGAGUAAUAAUAACCAUUUUUUCCCUGUAGUUUACUUGCUGUCAUUACAGGUCUGAAAAUAGGCACCAAUUGUAGGAAUAAAGGCCUUCUGGUAUUAUUCUGAGCACAGAAAAAUUGUGAUUUUGUAUUUGUUAACCAUUAAUUUGUUAUCUGAGCUUUUUUUUUAAAAAAAAAAAUGAGAGUAUGUAUUUUUAAACCUAAUAAACAAGGGAAAAUGACUGCGUACACUGGAAUCUUUGCAUUGAAUCUACAGGAUGUUAAAAAAAAGGUGGCAGGGUGAGAGAUUGCAGACUCUUUUAGUAAUAGGGGAAUGAUAGUAAUAUUUUAUCCUUUAAAAAAGGAAAUACUCUGCAUCUUCACCUCUGUUGGUGAAACUUACUAAUGUUUUUGCUACAAGGUUAACCACUAUAAUUUGUACCUCUGACCAUAAGCAAAAAUACUGCUUCCUGAAACAAUAGAAUAAAUGUAGUAUUGUAGGCAGGACUCUGUGUAUACCAUGGAAUUUACUGUGGAAUCCACCUUUACCACACAAUUGUGCCCUAACAUCUCAGAUUUUGUUAACAAAUAUAUGUUGCUAGUCUCUAUGGUUUUGAAGAUAACUGCAAAUGUGAACCAAGUGUAAACUAAAGAUGUGUUGUCUUUCUGACUCUGCAAGGUGCAUGAAACAAUAGUUCUGUGUGCUGUGAACUGCCCCAUGCAACCCUGAAACCUAAUGAUGACAAUUUAAAAUGUCAUUACUUGA